AAAUUUGAAAAUCUGUGCAAGCGUAAUUAUCACUGUUCAAUUUGAGCUGAUUGAAGAUCUCAAAAUUAUCUACUUUUUAUUUUUUGGCGUUAGUAAUGCCGUACACUUCCGACAGAUGUGUUGUGCGAACGUUUAUGAUGUUUGAUACGCUGUUUGAUCGUUGACUGAUGAUUGGGUUUGAUGUGCUUUGUCUAAUGCUCGUUACGAAUUGUGAUUUUCAAAAGAGCCAAUCAGGGAUGUUCUGGCUAACGUAUAUUAACAUGGCGCUAAAAUUAAUUUACGGAAUUUUGUUGAGAAAAUACAAGACCACUGCUUUUUUACUGUGAAUGGUUGAACGCCCUCAAAUUAUGAAAUAUUUUUAUAUUACCUGUUAUUCAUUAGGCUAUCUGGGGAAAUAAUUUGGACGUAAUUGAAUAAGUAGUAGCGAUCAAUAAUAAAGAGCACAAAAUUUUUUAUUUUUGAUGCAGACCAUGUAUUACUUCAAUUGUUUUGGGUAAAAUGAAGAAUGCAAGGUCAAUGCUUGAAGUUCGUAGGUCGACACGGAAUAAGCAAGGAGCUAAAAUAAGUGGGAACGCCUACCGAGCUGCAGGGUUAAAGACCGGUGCCUCAUAACGACUGCUGAAUACAUCAAGGCCACGGAAGCACAAAACAUUUUUCGCGACUUUCAAGAGAAGAAGCUAGUCACUAUGGCAUUAGCCAUUGCUGUAUUAACCAUCACUCUGUUUGUUGGAUGUAUUGGAGAACACUUGACCGUUUCAGACUCUGAAUUGAAAAAGUUUGCGGAAGUACUUUUCAGUAGGGAACACCUGGAUUUUCAGCACAGCGUGAAGAUCGACCUUCAAAAUCGAGUACCGAAAAAGCACUACACGGACGUCUCGCCCGAACCAUUUUUAUCGGUGAGUCCAACUAUUCUGGAAACACCUAUGGUAACUCGGAUAAGGGAGCUAUUCGAUAAUUAUGACAUCGAUUCGAGUCACGCCGAGCACGUAACUCCCGAAGAGCAGAAAGAAGAGGAAAAUUUUAUCGAUGCUCUUCUUGCAACAGAUCAAAUUGAUCGUGUGAUGCGCUUCUUAUCCGACCACCGAUUCAUCGAAGCAGGCAAUCAGACCUAUAAGGAAACUUUGAAGGCCGUUUGGUUCUUUCAAUACGCAAGAAAGCAAUCGAGUGGAUUACGUACAAGUUCAGGUUUCGAACACGUAUUUCUUGGAGAAUUGAAAGGUCGGGGAGGCGGUUUGAUUGGCAUGCACAAUUGGAUUUUCAUAAAUGCGGCCGAAAAGGCUGGAAAAUUAAAUUAUUUUGGAUACAAGAGCAAGAAAAUAUUGGGAUGCGCUAGUCACAAAGUUAUCAUCGCCCAUGUGGUCUAUCAUUACGCGGGCAAGGUGAAAUUGACGUCGAUGUUUAUCGGCAUAUCACCGGAACUGGAGGUAUCUUUAUACACCCUAUGCUAUUUCGUAAGACCUAAUAAACAUUGCCGCCUUUCAAUGGGUGGUAAAAAGUUCGGAAUACAAACCUACGCUAUGAAUCACACCGGCUCGCCUUCACUUGGUACCGCAUAUCCAGUUGCCGCAUUUAUUGAUGCUUAGUAAUUGUUAAAAAACAUUAUAGUGAUAGCGAGAAUAAUAACAAUAAUGCUUCAAUAAAUAUUUAAUAAAAACAACAAUACACUUAAUGGUAUUAGCGGUUCUAAUAAACAACAAUAAGAGUAAUAAUUAUGUGAUAAUAUUGAGAAUGAUGACAUUAUCUUAUGAUGAUACCUAAUUAUGUACUAACAAUAAAAUUAUUAACAAAAA